CUCAAUACUAUACAAAUCAUCACAGAAUAAUACAAAACAUGGGAACCACAAGCAUGAAGACGGCCUCUAAGCUCGCAAGAUCCAAGCAAAAGCCCUUCGUCUUCUCCGUUCUCCUCAUCUCUCUUCCCCUCGUCUAUCUCAUUGUCAAUUUCCGACCCCCAAUUCACCAAAUAACCCCACACUCGAGAUCGAGACUCAAACAUUACAGUCGCCAUGCACAGGAUCCCUGGGUCAAGAGUGGAACCCAGCUGCCGGAGUUGUUCAGGCUCAUCGAGAAUGAUAUGGGAGUUGGCAGGAAGAUCAAAGUAGGUCUAGUGAAUAUGGAUGGCGGGGCGGUUUCUGAGUAUGGGAGUGGCCUAAAUGGCAGGGCGGAGACGGUUGCCGUAAGUUUUGACCGGAUAUCCGGGAGCCUGAAGUGGGAAGAUUUUUUCCCAGAGUGGAUCGAUGAGGACGAGAAGUUUGCCCCGCCCUCGUGCCCGGAAAUCCCGAUGCCGAUAUUGGGAGAGUACCAUGACCUCGACGUGAUUGUGGCUCGGGUUCCUUGUGGCAACGCUAUGAAUAAACGAGUUCCUAGGGACUUGCUUAGGCUGCAAGUUAACCUGGUGGUAGCCAACUUGCUCGUGGUGGAUGGGUGGGAGAAACACAAGAAUGAUCGGAAGGUCUACGCGGUCUUCCUCGGGUCGUGUGGACCGAUGGUCGAGAUCUUCCGGUGCGAUGAUCUGGUCGCAAGAGUUGGGGACCAUUGGGUCUACAAACCUGACCAGAGGAAAUUGAAGCAGAAGGUUCUCAUGCCCGUUGGGUCAUGCCAACUUGCUCCUCCUUAUGCAGUCGAUGGAGAGGGGAAGUGGCGAAACUACAUGACUCAAAUCCAGAGAGCGGACUCGGAACGGACCUCGUACCUCCAACAGAGCCUGCAAGCCAGAGAGGCAUAUGUGACAGUCCUCCACUCCUCGGAAGCCUAUGUAUGCGGGGCGAUUGCAUUGGCUUGGAGCAUUAGAAGGACCAACUCAACCCGGGACUUGGCCCUUCUCGCCGAUAAUUCAAUCGGGAACAAAUCCUUGGUCGGCCUGAGAGCUGCAGGAUGGAAGAUCAGGCGCAUAAAGCGGAUCCGAUCUCCCCACGCCGAGGAAGGAGCGUAUAAUGAGUGGAACUACAGCAAACUAAGGGUGUGGCAGUUGACCCAAUACGACAAAGUCAUAUUCAUCGAUGCAGACCUCAUUGUGUUACGGAACAUCAAUGAGUUCUUUGUCUACCAGCUGUCUGCUUCCGGGAACGACCAGUUCUUGUUCAACUCCGGAAUCAUGGUCCUGGAGCCGUCAAACUGUGUUUUUGAACAAUUAAUGCAGAAGAGCUAUGAGUUGAAAUCGUACAACGGAGGCGAUCAGGGCUUUCUAAAUGAGUUCUUCACAUGGUGGCACCGACUGCCCACAAAGAUCAACUUCCUCAAGGUCUUUGACGGGCAUGGCGGGGAUAAGGAGCACGUGAUCCCGGGAAACCUCUAUGCGAUACAUUACUUGGGACUCAAGCCGUGGAUGUGUUACAGGGACUAUGAUUGUAACUGGGACAAGGAGGACCACUUAAUCUUUGCCAGCAACUCGGCAAAUGACCGGUGGUGGGAGGUUUACGAUUCCAUGCCGGGAGAGCUGAAAAGCUACUGUGCAUUGACAGAGCAUAUGGAUUUCCGGAUAAGGAAGUGGAGAGGGAUAGCAAAGAAGUCGAACUUGAAAAAUGGGCACUGGAAGAACAGGGUGAGAGAUCCGAGAAGGCUCCGGCAUGAGGAAUGAAUGACGGAGAGGCUUUCUGCGGUGACUGUAAAAUAGCUAGGAACAUCAGGCAUUAAUCGAACAACAUCCCAAUCUAAGAUGCAAACAGUUUCAGCGCUGGUUUCAGUUAUGAAAAAGCAAAUACUGUUUUUUUCUUUUCCUCCAUGGGCAGAGAAGGACGAGGAAGUCAGUGCAAUUAAAGCAUUGCUCAUAGCAGAGAAUGUGUUGGAUAGGCAAAUUAGGAAAUGGUGUCAUUACUAUUCCAAAUGAGGACUGUGUUAGUCAUAAAGCAAAUUAUUAACAUGCAAAAGACAGAUAGCUUCUCUGUUUAAGGAUGAUUAUCA